UGCGGAGAGAUUAUGUGUCUACGGUUGUAAGAGCCAGUGUGACAGUUAGUUCUUGUAUGGAGUACGUUUACAGUGGAGCCCUGUGUCCCACAUCUGCGGGGUAACGACAUCGACGGACAUGAAACUGGUCCGACCGUGGGACUGGAGCCGGGGUCCUUCUUUCCAUGUGAUAUGGCGAACGUGGAAGUGGCGGUCCGUGUCCGGCCUCUCAGCAAACGAGAAAGCACAGAGGGAGCCAAUGUAAUUGUUACUAUUGAAGAGAAGGUUAUAAGGAUCCGAAAUGCAAAGCUUGAUGGAAGGACUGAGGGAACUGUGGACUCUCGAGAGAAGAUCAGUGAGUUUGGAUUUGACUACUGCUACUGGUCAGUUAACCCAGAUGACUCAAACUAUGCAUCUCAGGAAGUGGUGUUCCAGGAUCUGGGUACGUCUGUGUUGUCAGGGGCUGCCAGAGGCUACAAUGUAUGCCUCUUUGCUUAUGGACAGACUGGUUCUGGCAAGACCUACACCAUGAUAGGCACACCGACAUCAGUAGGAUUAACACCAAGAAUAUGUGAGGGGCUCUUUGCUAGGGACAGUGACUCCGUAGAAGAACCCACGUCCUGCAGAAUAGAGGUCAGCUUCCUUGAAAUUUAUAAUGAGAGGGUCCGAGACCUCCUACAGCAGUCAGAUCAGAAAAAGCCAUACACCUUGCGUGUCCGUGAGCAUCCUGAGAAGGGCCCUUACGUACAAGGAUUAUCCCAACACUUAGUGGUGGACUACAAACAGGUGGUAGAACUUCUAGAACAAGGAAUAGCCAACAGGAUCACAGCAGCUACCCACAUGCAUGAUACAAGUAGCCGGUCUCAUGCAAUUUUCACCAUCCAGUACACACAGGCAAUACUGGAGAACAAUUUGCCAUCCGAGAUAGUAAGCAAGAUCAAUUUAGUGGACCUGGCCGGCAGUGAGCGAGCAGAUCCUAAUUACUGCAAGGACAGGCUUACUGAAGGCUGUAACAUCAACAAGUCCCUCGUUACACUUGGUAUUGUCAUCUCUACUUUAGCCCAAAACUCACAAAUGUUCAGCAGUUGUCAGAGUAUCAACAGUAUAAUUAGUGAGGGUGAUGUAAGUUUUGCCAGCAGUCACUCCAGCAUGCCAUCCUUCACCAGCAGUGGCAGACGUCAGCCUUACAUUCCGUAUCGGGACUCUGUUCUCACUUGGCUUCUGAAGGACAGUCUUGGUGGCAACUCUAAAACCAUCAUGAUUGCAACCAUCUCUCCUGUAAAGUCCAGCUAUAGUGAAACUAUGAGCACUCUACGAUAUGCAGCCCAUGCCAAGAACAUUGUAAACAAGCCACGUGUGAAUGAGGAUGCAAAUGUGAGACUGAUCAGAGAACUGCGAGAAGAAAUUGACAGACUAAAAGCUAUGCUGAUGAGUUAUGAACUGCAAAGAAAUUUUAGCUCUCCAUUAAGCGAAGACAAAGAUGGAAAUUUGGCAGAUAUGGUUCUUCAGAAUGAGCUUCAGAUAGAGCAACUUACCAAAGACUGGACUGACAAGUGGACAUCUGAUAAAUGUGGUGUGGAUAUCAAUCAGGGGAAAGCAGGGGUGACCAUAGACUCACAUUUACCUCACCUAAUUGCCAUGGAUGAUGACAUUCUGAGCACAGGCGUUGUGCUGUACUACCUCAGGGAAGGAAAAACCAAAAUUGGAAAUAAUGCUGCAGAACAAGAACCAGAUAUUGUUUUGCAGGGGCAGUGGAUUGAGAAGGAGCAUUGCAUAAUUGAAAACGAUAAUGGGGUUGUAACUCUAUUUCCACUUGAAGGAAGACAGUGCUGCGUUGGUAGACUUGAAGUCACAGAGCCCUGUCGCCUGUCUCAAGGUGACAUUGUCACUCUUGGAAGAACUCAUAAAUUCAGGUUUAAUCAUCCAGCGGAAGCAGCCGUCCUGAGAAAGAGGAGAUCUAACAGUGAAGCUUCCCUAUUGGGUAGUGGCUCAUUGGAAUGGUUGGAUUUGGAGGGUACAUUCAGCACUUCUCCAACUUACAGCACAUCACCGGUCUCACAGUUCAGUGAAGACCAUCAGAAGCAGGAUGAAGGUGCACAAACAGAUGCUACCAGAGUGCAAAACUGGCAAUUUACUGAGUUUGAAAAGUACCAUUUCAAGCAUCAUCAACACAGAGAUUCUAAGCAGGAGCUGACAGAGUUGGAGAAUUUCUACCGGCAGCAGAUCCAACAGCAACACCAUCAUGUGGAGGAGCUGAAGCAGGAGAUCCUGGUGGCACAGUUGAAGGCUGAACAUGAACUGGAACAGGACCAGGCACAGCUCAACGAACAGAUAAGAGAGACUCAAGAAUGGCUUAUCAGAGAGGAGAAAAGGUUAGUUUCACUAAAAAAAGAGAGUCGUGAGCUGGGGAUUCAGACAGAAUUCAGAUUCUUCUGUGAAGCAGAAGCACAAAUCUCUACAGAGAUGGACUGUGGACCCACCCCCUUGGAAAAAGACUGGAAGAGACUGGUACAACAUGAGCUACUACAGGCACAUUCUAUGAAGAAGGCAGAGAGAAGCAUUCGAAGGAAAAGGGUGAAGUUUCAACUAGAAAGGAUUGCCAGGAAACAGAAGCUGCUGCAGGCAGUAAGACAUUUACAAAAACUGGAAGCUUUGUUUAUGUUCAAUGAAGACAACCUGAAGGAGAUCCUUGAUCAGGGCAUAACCUCCAAACAGGCUGCAGUCAGCUCCAGAGUUCAGAGAAGACAUAGAUCAUGUGUUGCUAACUCUCUGAAAUCUCGCAGACAUUCUGUUGCCAGUGAACUGUUCUCCCUUUUGUGUCCACAGCCCAGUACCAACUACAGUGGCAUCUUGAAGAAAAAGAAAGUAUUUACUAAAGUGCUUCCUGCCGUAAAUGUAGCUGAGUGCCAUGACACUCGCUUGACAAAAACUCAUUUUCCUUUAGAAUGUAUUCCUAGGGAAACGGAUAAUUUUUCCAAAAGACAACAUUUCAGUGUGGAGAAGGAUGCGGCAGCUGCAAGUAAGAUGAAUGAAAAAGAUGUCUUGUCAUCUUACAGUCUUAAAGAUUUGGGGGUAUAUGCUAUUUCUUCUGCUCAACCUAAUACAGAGAUACACUUGGCAAAAUGUACCAUUCAUACCCACAGAGGGGAAAGAUCAAAAGAUGACCUAUCUGAAAUAGACAAUAAAGAAUGGCAGACUCAUGCAUCUCUCAGACUAGAGUCAAGGAAAUCAGAACAUUUGCAAAAUGGGAGGGUUAAUAGAAUUCAUGAAGGAAACAUAAGAAGGUCGCCCAGCAAAAAGACUAGCAGAAUUAUAGCAUCUUAUGACUUUCCCUCAGACAAAACCAGCAUGCUGAAUAAAUCAGUCAUCUGCAGAAAGCCACCAUCAAGAUCUUUGUGUGAACCAAAUAAAAUGAACAUGAAUAUUUCAUGCAAACAAUCUAGUGACAUCACCAGACAGAGUAAAAAUUCAUUACAGUCACCCGUAAAAACUGCAUCAUCAAUGGUUGGCACUGGCAGAUCAUCUGAGGAGGUAAUAUAUCAAAACAGUAAAAGAAAACAGCAUAUUUCAGAGUUACUGAAUGUGAAUCCGUUGAAUGAUGCAACAGCUCUACUUGGUCAUUGUCAAGAGGAAACUGAUGACAUCUCAGAUGCUGACAGCCUGUACUCUGUGGAUUCUCUGUCUUCUGCUUAUGUGGAGGCCUUAGCUGAGCAGCUUAAACAAGAGGAUUCAGAGCAACAUAGGGAAAAGCAGCCAUGUGACAGUGAAAGUGAUGAUGAUGAUGAAAUGUCCCAGGACUCCAUAGCAGAGGAGGAACGUGUAGCUGUGGAAAACAGAGAAAAGUGUGGAAGAAAGUUACAAAUCCUUCAGUAUGGAUCUGUAAAAGGCUGGAAGUCUUUGCCAUGUGGUGUCCUUCAUCAGGUAAAUCAGAAGACAUUAAAGAGUGGACGAAGCUUUUCUCUAGAUAGCCUGGCUGACCUAGAAGAGACUGAAAGUGAUGACCAAAUGAUACUUGAAUCAGAACAAGUUUGCAGUGGUGAAAUCCCUGUUGAAAUCUUUUGGAAGCUGCAAAGGCCUGUAGUGCAAAACUCAAAUAGGAAAGAGAGCCAUAAGUCGGACUUGUGCUUCAAAGAGGCCACUGGAGGUCCAGAGUCAGGCAACUCAUUCUUUUUAAGCAGGAAAUCUGACUCUGGUAAGAAUGACAUUUGCAGUCAGUUUACAAGGGAGAAUGCAUCUUAUCAAAAGGACGUUAAACAAAAAAAUGAUAUUGGGUCUGAUCAGAGAACUCCAAGCUUGUUGGUCUUAACUAGUAUUCAAAAUUCAUGUAAACCAGAAAGAACAAAUGACACCAACGCCAUAGUAUAUCUUAAACCUUCUGAUAAAAAUUCUGUUUGCCUACAGAGCCCUUUACAUGAUAUCGACAUACAGCACAUGGGUAAUGGAAAUGGUUUUGUAAAUGAACAGUCAGAAAAAUCAGUACAGUUUGCACCAAGAUUAAUCAGUAGAAACUCUUAUGCUGUUGUGCGUGAAGAUAAUGAACAGUCUCCAAUGACAGAUGGUAAUGGCACUGACUCAAGCAUGGGGCAUUUAUUUUAUCAGGGCAGUGUCACAAAUCUAAACCAUGCAGAAAACGCUAAUGCAAAUUACUUUCUUCACAGUCUGUCUUGUAGUUCCAAAACACAAACAAAUGCUGUUCUAUCUUUCCCAGCAGAUUCAGAAGAGAGAACCCUUUCUGAGAAUGGCAUUAUCCCAUCAACUGAAUUUGUCAUUACUUAUAAACUUCAUCCCUUUGAACAGAACACUAAUUCUAUAUUGUCUUCUCCAGCAAAUGAAAAUACACAUAUGUCAAAUAGUUCAGACAGAGGUUCAGCUAGCUGUCAUGCAGAUAAGCCAUUAGAAGCUUCAAGGGAAAGGUAUCCAAAGUACUCCACAGCAAAUGAUCAGGCUUUGCAAAAUACCUCAUUACAGUUACAAGUUACUGAUGAUAUCAAACAUUCCACUAGAAAAAGCCCAGACUUAAUUUUCUUAAAUGUGCAAGAAGAUGGUAGCUGUGGGACAGGAGAUGGCAUUUUGGAAGAGCAGUUGAGAUCCCCUUAUGAUGCAAUCAUUUUUGCAUCCAGUGAUACUCCAGUUUCUGUAAGUGACUCUGAUAACUUAUCUCUAUCUUUAGUCAAUAGCAUUGAAAACAGCAAAAUCGUUUUAUCUGAGGGUAAGACCAUUGAGGUUACUUCAUCAUAUAAGAACUUAAAGUCCAACAUACCUUCAGAAAUACAAAAAGCACCUUAUUCAGCAGAGGCCAGUACUUGUGAGUCCAAAAAUAUUGGUGAUGAUUCAGUAAAAAGCAAGAUUCUGAUAUCUAAUAGAACCUUCAGUGAUAUUAAACAGAAGUCAUCUGAUAUGGAAAAUAGCAGUAAAGAAGUUGGACAAGUUUCCAUCCUUGAUCUUGGAAAUUCCUUGUGCAGUUCAGGAAAUCUCCCACCAGCCCUGAUUAUAGAAACUUCUGAGAUUCCACUGUCUAAGUUACUGAAUGAAAGUCCUGUCAUAUGCUGUGACCAUUCUACAGCUAAAGAUAACAUGGGGAGUCAUGCACCCCAUACAACUUCACAUAACAUCUGUGAUCACCCUAUAGAAACAAUGAAACAGGAGUCUGUGAAUACAGACAGUGUAGCUGAUAAUUCAGAAAUAUUUAUUGAUCAUAAAGUUGAAAGUGAUGUUCAUUUACCAGAUUUUGGUGUAGAUGUUAUCAAAGAAGAACGUCUGUAUCCUGUAACGUCUUGUGAACCUUUGCCUUCAGAAACUAAUAAUAACAAGCCUCAAAGUUAUGUAAGCACCCCAAACAUUGCAGCAUCAAGCCAGGCAGGCCCUGAUCAGACUGCAUUUCAUCAUUUAAAUGUUGCUGUUUCUGGUGACUUAAGUAAUCAAAGCUGUUCUGUUGGCUUCCACCAGGAAAAUAGUAUCUGUGCCAAAGCAGUACAAGGUAAUGAUAGUGUACCAGACACAGAAGUUUGUAAGGCAGCUGACAUUCCAGAAGAAUUAAAAGCUGUAAUCUGCCAUGACACGCAACAGAACAACCUGGAAGAUAUUGAAGUUUCUACCGUAGCUAAUAAUAGAAGGGCCAUGUUAACCAUGAUGGAUAAAAUCCAAGAAAAAAGUGAUACAUUUUCAGUUCAGGAUAAAUUUAAUAAGACUGAGAGAGAAUGGGAACAUAAUGGAACUAUGCACAGAAUGAAAACAUAUGAGACUGCAUUAGUUUGUAAUAUAUUAACUAGCAAAAAAGACCAUUUGGCAUGCAGUUCAAAAGUAUUGAAUAUGACAGCUGGUGAUAACAUGAAUAAAGCAACUGAAUUCCAUAGUGAUCUUAAGGAAUCACAUGAUACCAGUGCAGUUGCAAACACCAUAGCCAGUAAAGAUAUACUCCCAUUUAUCAGCAAAAGUCAAAACAUUUGCAAUAUGGGUAAAACAUUGCAAAACCUUGAAGAGGUCACUGACCAAAUUAAUACAGCUGAUCCCUGCACAGCUGCAAAGCAAUAUUUUGUACUUGAAAGAAAGAAACCCUCAAAUAGUACAAACAUGUGCAAUGACCUAUGUAAUGAAUGUGAUAGUGAUAUUCCUUCCCAUGGUAGAGAUCUGAAAAAUAGAUUUUUAGAGAAGUCUGUGUCUCAGCAAAUUGACCAGCUGGUGACUGUGUUACCAGAACAUGACUAUAGUAACAAAACAAACAUAUGUUCAUUGAUCCCUUCUAAUAAUAUACAUUCAGAAGGUCCGCAUAUCCCCAUUUGUUCAGAAUUACUAUAUGAAGAAAGCAGUACCAUGGAAAGUGAUGGUAGAACUAAAACAUUUACAUGUUCAGAACAAAGAACAUUUGUCAGACAAGGGGAGCAUAUGUCACUGCCUGGUAAGGAAGUGCCUAGAGAAACAUCUGGCAGUACUGUAUCAAAUCAUGUUACAAGUGAAGACUCGAUUCAGGUAUCUCAGGAAUGUGAAAAGAAGUAUAAUACCAAUCAUAGCACAUCUGAUGCCACAGGAAAACCUACAGCAUUUCCUAACAACAGCAGAAAGGAUGAAAAACGUAUAGUUCUAUGUGAAGCUGACAGGGGGCAGGUAAUAGGGAGCACUGAGUCAGAAAGCCAGGUGCCAACAGUCAACAGUUCAAAAUGCAACAGAACAUGCAUUGAUAAAUCUGGAAACUCUUCUUGUAGUAUUGUGGCAGUGGAAGAAAAUCUACCUCUUGUUAGCGAGCAAAGGUACAGACAGAAUUAUAGUGUAAUAACUGAAGGACUAACAAAUGAGUUGCAAGAAAUGGGUGUGAUACACAAGUCUGAACUUUUUAUGUGUUCAAAAAAUAAUCGAUGUGGACUUGUUAAUAAAACAGAUCAAAAGUGUACAUGUAAUGCCACUUCUGACCAUCAGUACUCCCGUGAAAACGUUCAGAGUACACCAAGUGCCCAUUCUUUAGUGGACACUGAUGGCCAUAAUGAAGCUACAGAACUUCAUACUGAAGCUGACUUGGCAGAAGGUCUUGGUGUCAGGAGCUCAGAUUGCACUUGCUUUAAUACUUCACAGAAUAGCAUCUCAAUCUUUUUGCAAUCCACAUCUGAUCAGUUGCCUCCAGAUAAACCCCACAAGUGUAACAACAGAAUUAGCAUUAAGAAUGAGAUGGCUAUUGCAGACAUAUCUCACUCAGAGCCUGACAAUGAAACUGCUCAAAAUGAAAAAGUAUCUCAAGAUGGAGCAGAUGGAGCAAAGCAUAGUACACCACUGGAAAAUAAAGAAAAAGAAGGAUUUGUUGAGCAGAAAUCUGGUUUAAUAAUUGAUGACUGUAGGCCAAAUGCCUUAUUAAACAAGAGAUCAGUAACAGAAAAUGUGGAGUUUAACAUUCCCAGUGAAGUCUGCAGUACUCUAACUAAUGCUUCGAUGACCGUAGCAAAAACAGAGAAUAACAGUGCUGUCACAGAACUUCCCGGUCAUCAUAUUCAUUGUGAUCCAGAUCUUGGAAAAACUCAGACUGCAGAGGCUGUAAAUGAUGACAAACAGCCUGUGAGCAUAUCAACAGUAAACACAACCUUAAAAAACAAUGAUAAGCACAUUGAUGGGAAACCGCACGAAUCAGUGGCAGACAUAAAUGGAAGUGAAUCCACAUUACAGGGGAAAAGAGCAAAUGAUAAUGAUCAUCAUAAGCUCUAUGUAAAUCAGAAUAAGGAAUAUAUGUGUACUUUAAAACAGCACAUUGAUAAAUAUAGUGAUACCUGCCAUUUUGCUCAGCAGUUAAACAAACAACCUAAAGAGGCAACAAACAUUUCCAAAAUUUGGACUGAAGAAGCGGUAACAUCUGAUGCCACUUUUAGCAUGCGUUUGUCUGCAAUGGAUACAGAAGACAAGCCAUUUCCUUUGAACAAUGCAAAACAUAAUGAAAAAACUCUCAUCUCCAAACAGCACAGCUUAAAUUCAUGCACACUUGAUGGAACACAUUUACAGGGAUCCUUGACUAAGACAUCUGAUUUGAACAGUUCCUCAGUAGGAAAUGCUUUGCCUACCUAUGCAGGGCAGUUACACAGUGAAGAAACAUGUAAUACUUGUAUAGGUACUUGUGAAAAAGUAGACUUGCAGCUUCUGAAGUGUGACACCCACAUAACUAAUAAUUUAAAAGGUGGUUUUGUCAGGACUGCUGUAGUAUCUGGAAAUGAUGGGAAUAUGAAGAAAGUUUUAUCUAUUGUCACUGACACCUUUGACUCGCCAUUUCAAGUUGCUUCUUUUUCAGGUCUUGCAGAGACACGUGAAGAAAGAAGUGCAGAGAAUGAAAAGGAUUGUUUAGACUCCAUGACUUUAAUCCAACAAACUGGAAGCAUCAGAAGCACUCCAUUAGUUAAUGAUUGUGGGUUUGAACCUGUAUUUUCAGAAGAGGGUGUUAAGCUUAUGAAACACUCAGAAAUGUGUGCAUCUGAUCAAGAGAAACAAGGUUUAUUGGCCCUUGAGGAUGCACAGAAUCAGUUAAUCUUCUCUGAAACUAGGAAUGGUGCAGAUAAUUCACAUGAGCAACCAGAAUUUACAUUGAAAGGGGUAAAUUUGCACUCGCAUUCUAGUAAUGUAAGAAAAUGUGAACCUGUUACAGAUAGCAAACAAUGGUAUAAAGUUCAGAAUAUUUUAUCAGGGGUACCCCAGAAUUCUUUUGGUAUUAACAUUCCGCUACCUUUGUCAGUAAUUGAAAGUGAUUUUCAGCCAUCUGAUGUUCAUGAUGCCACUGGAAUAGAUUAUAAAUUUUCUAUAUUACAUGAAAGAUUGUCAUCUCCAGCUUUUUCUGAGGAGCCCUCUAUCAUUGAAACUAUUCGUGGCAUAGUUAAUACAGAGAACAGUUCAUUAUCCCUCCCUGCUAUCCAGCCUCUAGUUCAAAGCAAUCCUGCGGCUGAACACAUGAACCCUAAAGCCAAAAACUGGAGUUCUAUCCAUCAUGAAAGACAUAGUUCCUUAAAGAAGAAUGGUCCUUUUGAUGUAACAGCUGUCACAUUAAGCCCAUCUACAGAGUUUUCUGCAGUCCCAGAAUAUAUGCACAGUAAACAUAAUGAUGGUUGCAGUAGAGAUGAGAUACAAAGUCUUUCACUUACACAUGCAAUGCCAGUUCAUAAAUUCAAAAAAAUUCAGUCACCAAGUCCUACAGUUAUAAAUCAUCAGCUAGCGCCUUCUACCGAGUGCACAAGUCUUCAUAAAGAAGAUUCAUUGAAUCAUCCAUGCAUGGUAUCUGUAGAAGAUUGUGCUGUGAAUCCAGAGCUAGAUUAUUUACUGACACCAUUAUUAACUUCUACUCACAUCAUUGAGACCGAUGUAAAUACACAUGGGGCAAGUGUGUCCAUGUCUAUGGAUUCUAAUGAAAGUAAUAAUGGAAAUGGUAGACAGACGUGUACACCUCACAAUGGAGAUGACAAAACAGAUUCACAUCUACACUGUAGAAUGAACAAUCCAUUCUUUACCUCCCUGAUGUUGAUGGAUAAAUGUCCUUUGUCAGAAGCUGAGAUAAGGGCUGCUUAUGAAAAUAUGUCUCAGAGGUCAGGGAGAGAACAGAGUACUUCCAUUCUUAGUUCAGCAGAGACUAGAGUCACAAAACCUGAGGGUAGUCUGUCCAGUAAAGGUUUCUUGGCUUACAUGUCAGAUAAGGCACAACCUGAGCUAAGUAACAUAGUCAAAAGGAGGAGGAAGCAAAAACGAUCAAAGCCACCAGCCCACAGUAUAAGUGACAGCUCUUUAAGCACGUCAUCAUAUGAUGUUCCGCCCACUGUUGCAUUGUUGACAAUGGAGAACAAAAACACCUCUGGCAACUCUUGCAGAGCUCUUGAUCAAGUGCAGCAUGGUGCAGCUAGAAUUGAAGUUGAAAGGAGAGAAAAAAUAAGACCUAUGCAGAAAUGCAGAUUGUUGCCUCCCUCUGAAAAUAAGCCUUCUGACAUUUUUGCACAUGUUUUUAAAGCUUCUGUUGCACAAAACUGUAUUCCAGUGGCAACAAAAUCCUUACAGGAUCUAAAUUUAAGUGUUGAACCCCCUUCUCCAACUGAAGAGUAUGACACGCACAUGAAUAAUAGUUGCUGUUCAAUACAGGAAUCAAAGUUUGCAUUUUAUUUUCCACCAACAAAUGAACAAGUUUCUCCCGUGUGCAAUAACAGUCCUUCGUUUUUUUGUGAAAGAUUGAAGUCGAACCAGUCAAGAGAAAAUGUCAAUUUUCCUUUUGCAGGAAAUCAACCAGUUUCAGUUAAGAACCAUGGAAGAAUUGAAAGAAAUGUAUCAAAAGAAGCUGAGUUUCAAACCAGCAGAUCUGAAGGUGUCAACUUGCAAGGUUUUGAGCACCGCCCAUCAGACUUGCUGAAUAUUAACAGAGAUACCAUUCAGUUUGGAUCUAGUGACAUCAAUCCAUAUGCUCAUCAGUGGCAACAAGAGGAGAGUAGCAGGACUGGCUGGAAACCAUUUGUUUUUGGAAGUGCUAGUGAUGUUUCUCAUCAGUCUCAGUUGUUCCCUGAUGAACACAUUGUUAUGAGAUGCUCCAGUGUUGACAAUGGAUUGAAUGCAUACGCUUUGCCUUUUCACACUCACCUAAGUGCCUAUGCAAAUGCAAGAACAAUGUCCAGCACAAUAAGCAGUGCUGACGACCUCCAGGAUUGGAAUGAUGAGCCUAAGCAUGUCUGUGAUUGUGUUUACAGUAGCCCAGGUCCAGCCACCACAGAAGAAUUUGACAUGAGUAACACAGUUCCAAGUUAUAACAGAUGCUGUGGAGAAGUAGUAAAUAGCUCCAUGCAGGUGGAUGAAAUUGUCUUGCUUUACCCUUCUGAAUCUGAAUCCUGUUCUGUAAAAAAUCAGAAAGACACCUCUGAGCAGGGGACACAAACUGUCUUUGGAGGAAAACAUAAACGACUAAAUGGACAUCGUAGGAGCUGCACACACAUUUCUUCCAAAUCUAAGCAGGAAUUAGGUCAUUCUCCAUCUUGGAGAAGUGUGCAGAACUUGUCUUUGCACCUUUCACAGCUAAUUUGUGAUACAACUGAACUGCUGGGCAGCCUCUCUCAGCAGCAUGCUGGUGAUUCAGGGAAACCUGAUUAUAGAUGGAGAGGAUCCUCUCAGAAAAACAGUAUGGGUGGGAAAGUAGACACUUGUACUCAGACAGCAAACAAUGUAGCUGUUCAGACUGACUGCUCUCAAGUGAGUAACACCAUCACAGUGCAUAAAAAUGCAAGUGAACCAAAGGCAAAGGAAGUUAAUGUAGUUGUCAGAGUCGUUGGGUCAGAUGUUGUUGAGGUAUCACAGGACAAGACAGACAUAACACUUGUGUUACAGGAGAGAAAACUGUCAGAAACAAAAACGCCAAACACUAUGGUUCCAAGCCAAGGUGAAAGUCAUCACAGCACAUUAAAACAUCACAUGGAUAUUCAAAAUUUUUCAGUAAGAGCUUCAACACCAUUGCUAAAUGGCUGUCAACAAAUUGCCGUAAAUAUGCAGCAGUCUUGUUCUUCUUUUGAACCAGAGGUUUCUCUUGUUACCUGUUCUUCAGAGGUUGUAGACAGGAUGGAAUCCUCCACAGUGGCAUCAAGCAGUCCUUUACAUGCAUCAGAAUCUUUUGGGGCUUUAACUGAGCCUUGGACAUUACCUAAGGACAAAGUAGCAGAUUCCAGACCAGAUGAACUGUGUUCAGCAAAAGCUUACUCAAAAAAUGUUUUCAUGAUAGAUCGAGCUUCAUCACCUAUUCUUACACUAAAUUCCAGUGUGGGUAUAAAUUUACCUCGCAGUAAAUCAAGCCAUUGUCUUGCAAAUAAAGAGAACUCAGAGUCACAUGGUCACUUAGUGAGGCACCAUAAGCAACGGAGGCUAAGAGCAGCUUCUUGGUAUGGCUUUAGCACCCAAGCGAACAAAAACUGCUCAUCAGAAACAGAUGAUGGAACCAGUAAUGUUGAAGAAAGCAGGAAGGUAAUGAAGAGAAUAGUGAGAAAACCAGUAAAGGAUUCAGAAGUACAAGUCAUGCCAGAUUUCAACAUAAAUCACAGGCAGAAAUCUGGAUACAGUACAAUACAUUCAUCUCCCAUAGAAAGGGAAUGUGUUUACCUUAACAGUGUGUGUCGCAGUGCUAGUCACGAUGGACAUCAUGAGAAAAAUGGAAAACAAUUUAAUUCCAAAGCAGAGCUGUCAUUCAUCUUAGGAACAGGUAUGAAAUUGGAAGAACCAAAACACCAAUACACUCUAACAACAAAUCAGAAUUCCUUUAUUCUUGGUAGUUCAGUGAUCCAAGGACAAAAGAGCAACCGUGAACAAGAUGAACAUUUUUGGAAACCUAGCAUCAGUAGUCAUUCCAUAUCAUCAAAUUCCUUAAAAACAAGCAGCCCAGAUUCUCUUCUCAUGGUCCGUCAUUCUGUUAAUGAAGAUAAUGGCAGCUGCAUGCCUGCAUCAAGGAACACUAUGGAACAAGAAACAUCAGCCAUGUCUUCAGUCACCAGCAUGUCUGCAAAAGCUUCUUUCUCCCAUUACUGUGAUGCUUUACAUAAUAGCCAUUACUCGGGACUUCGUGUAACACUGACUGAUUCAUGCAUAUCCCCUUCAAGGCCUUCAGCAGAAGAACAGAGUGAUUAUCUGCUUUUGUCCGAAGUAACACGGCAGCCAGAUGAUGGUGAUGAUUUAUCAGUUGCUGCAAGUGAGUGUAAAACAGAAGUUCUUCUAAAAGAGUGUCCUUCUACAAGUGAAACCGUAACGACUUCCUCAUGUAACCUCAGAGACUUACCCAUGCAUAACAAAUUCAGUAACUGGUCUGGAGUGAUGUGUGGACCACCAUCACGUGCAGCUUCAAGCUGCCAAACCCAGAGAGAGGUGAGGUACACCAAAGACAAAACUACAGAGGUAAACAUGAAAUCCAGCUUUCAAGAAGACAGAGUGAAAGAGAUUGAACAGCUGCGCAAAGAGCGUGCUCAGGUCAUGGCUGGCAUCCAGCUGGAUCUUAACCCACAUCAGUCGACUGUAGAGCUUACUGAAGCCAAGCUUAAUUAUGGCCUUGGGGAAACUGAUGCAUUGCUGAAGGUGUUGAAGAGUGGAACAGUGGAAGAACUGUCUUCACUGCCAAUUAAGCAGCAGCUUUAUAACAGGCAUAUGAAAACUAUAGAAAAACUCAGGAGAGAAAGAGAGGAACGAAUUCAGACUCUCAGGCGGAGCCGCAGUCUCAGCCCCCGUCGGCACCCAAUCUUAUCUCCUCAGAGAGACUUGGAUCUGCCUAGCAGGCGCAGAGAAUACCUACAGCAACUUCGAAAGGAUGUGGUAGAAACCACCAGACUACAAGACCCAAAGAAGAGUGCUAUUCAGAGUCCAUCAGAGAUUGAGCAACUCUUGAAAGAGUAUCAGAGGGCACGUGAAGAGGCAAAGACUGAAAUAGCAAAGGCAAGGAGUAAGCUGAGAGAACGCACAGAGCAAGAGAAACAACGCCUGCAGAAGCAGAUAACAUCUCAAGUCAUACAGGAAGAAGGCAAGUUGAAGGCCAUCAUCAGUACAAGCACUCUGUGCACAGGCUCCAGUCUUAGUCUUUCGUCUGGUCCAACAUCUGGAUAUAACAGCAGCUACACCGCCAUACACGAUGCUAGAGGUGCAGUUCAGAGGGAAGGGCAGGUCAAACCUGACCUGCAGAAAACUGAGGGAAGGGGACGAACAACCAACAGAGCUUGUGAUGUCUGGUCUGGACAGCAUUCCAGUUCAGCCCUUGGUACUUCUGUUUCCUCGGUUGUGGCAUCACUUCAUGGCAGUAGUGUGAAGAGCCAGGAGAGAGUUACCUUUCCAUUUCAGAACAGUAUUGGCAGCCAGGACUCUCGAACUUCAACAUCAGUGAAGCCAUGCCCCAGUGUCUCUGCAUUCUACCAAGAUUUGGCAAAACACACGCUGGGUUGUGCUGCAGCAGAGAUACAUGCUGCCUGUUCCAAUGACCUCGGAAACCUUUUCAGUGGCAAAGCUGCAGCUGGUUGGAGAUUUCAAGGGAUGGAUAAAGGGAUAUUGAUUUAUUACCGACCAAACUCUUGUGCAACAAAGCAUGGCUUUCUUGGUGUGGGAGUGAUCAACAGGCCCAUUCUGAACAUAUGGCGAAUGGUGAAAGACCACAAUAACCUCCAUUUGUAUGACAAAUCCAUCAGAUCAGCUCAGAUUCACAAGAAGGUGGACGGCAGCACUCAGCUGGCUUAUUUUGUGAGUGAUAUGUCUAGUUGCUACUUGAAGCAACCACGGGAUUUCUGCUGCAUCAGUGUGGAAGCACAAGAGGAAAGUCGGUACAUCUUGGCAGUGCAGUCAGUAUAUGAUGAAUCAAUGCCACGUCCUGGGAAGGACAUGGUCCGUGGUGAAGUUCUGCCCAGCGCCUGGAUAUUACAGCCUGACAAACAGAAUGGAAAGGAUGUCACCAGAAUAAUAUACUUGUUGCAGGUUGAUCUGGGAGCUCCUGCUCUUCCUGCUCGGUUGCUGGGUACAGUUGUUAAGAAACAGCCAUUGGUGAUACUGAAGCUUGCAAAUAUCCUGUGUGGAUGAACACAUCUUAUUGUGAUCUCCUGCUUUCAUGUUGAUUUCACUUCUGUGUUUUUGCCUAUUACUGGAUUACAGACUUAGCCAAGUAAAACUCAAGAGAUCUUCCAGGGAUACAGAUCUGAGCUAAGGAGACAUGACAGAUCCCAAACCUUUCCUUUUCUUUUCCCCCAGAUGUUUGAAGUAUUGCAGGAUCCCUGCUUGUUAAACUGCAGGUCCCAUGAAACCAUCCUGUUAAAGAACACUGGCUAUUUAUUGAAAUAUUUUCCAUAACAAAAGAAUUAGAUUGUCUACAACAGAUUACAAUACACUCCACAAUUACUUUUAAGGAGUUUGAGUACCAAAAGACUAUAGCUUUACUGCAUCUGAAUGCUUAUUUUGUUAUUACUGAAUUUAUACUCCAUUUCCCCAUGCUCUACCAUUGAGGCUGAAGUUUCCUCAAAGUCAGUGAGUGUUGUCAUUCCACUUUUACUGCUGGUAAGAAGGAAGCAUCUGUGUGUGAGGAAUAAUUAGAAACAUUCAGGUUAAGAAUGAAGCAUUCCACAUUUAUGGAGUAUUUCUGCUCACCAUAAUGUCUUCCCACUGUAAUAUUUUCAAGCUUAUGAUUAGGUCUAGACAUUUUUGGGAACAGAGCAACAGUCAGCUGUUACUUUGCAGUCCAAGUUCUUAUGUCCAAAGUAGACAUCAAACCUUCAUUUAACAGCCAAUCAGAACAAAAGCAAAAUAUUACUUAUGUGCAGAAGAAAUGCUCAUAUGUUCAGCAAUUUUCAUGAUUUUGUCUGAAGAAAUGUGUUGUGUAACAUGGAAGAAUAGGUCUUGUUCUUGUGUUAGCAUAAUUCUGUAAGGAGGCAGAACAAAUAAUUGUUUAGAACAAGACUGCCGUCAUAUGAUUUGUGGAGUUUCCUUUUUGUUUCUUACUACAUACAGAGCAACAGAGGACAUGCACUUUUAUAGCGUCUGGGUAUGUAUGUGUGCGGUAACAGCCUUGGAUGCUGUUUCCACUAAUGUCUGUACCAUCAUUAAUGAAAGCUGGCACUGCAUGGUGGCAGACUGCAUCUUAUAUAUGCUGAAAGAAAAGAGCAGGUUUCCUCAGGUGUGCUUUCACUCACUAAAAGGCAGCAUUAUCUCCUCCUGUAUAAUUGUAAUACAGAAACACAACAUUCAGCAGGUAUAUUACAUAAAUGCAUGUUUAAUGACAUUUUAUUUUGCUCCCAUUGUAACAUCGGGGUUACCUCCAUAUUCUUAGACUGCGAGCAGCAGUGCCUGUGGAAAGGUAAUAAUGUUUUCGUUUUGUAGUGUGAGCUGGAUCUUUGUUAGGUUUCCUUGAAAACAGAGGGGAGAAACACUGUUUUGCAUGUGGUACAGAAGAGGGUGUUGAUUUUUAUAGUCCGUUAACAUUCAUAUCAGGGAAAUAUGUAGCAAAUUCUUUGAUUUAUGCAAAGGUGCACAUUUACUGGUAAUGUUGUAAAUGUACUACAUGUAAAUAUUGGUUCUUCAUUUAUAAUGUGCACAUUAUGUUCAGGGUAUGGAUGUCAAAAAAUGUACAAGAGCAAACUGAAGUAAAGCUGAAGAGUUUACUUUUGAUAUGCUUGUCAAUAACAUGUACAUUAGUUAUGAUCAAAGAGACUUGAACAUAAAUCUUCAUAAUACAUGGAGCUUUAGCAACCCCAGUGUACUAACAAUUACAGAAAAAAAGUGUAGGAGCAUUGUGUGUUUUACAGCCUUAAAUGCUAUAACACACUUGGUACUGCCACAGACACAGUAAACAUUUGUUACUUGUAUGGCAGCUUGAAGUGCAUUACAGCUUUUAAAGCUGUCAAAUUACUGCUGACCGUGUUCAGUGAAGGCUGCCAUAUGUCUUGCUGCAGGAGACACUAUCAUAGCAACAUUCAAAGGUAAAUAAAAGUUACAUACAUUUGAAAGCGGUUAUGAUUGUGUCGCCUGGCAAAGACAUGCAUAGCCAACUUAAUUUGCCAGUUUUGGAGAAUAAUCAGCACAUUCUAUUUAGUACAUUUAAAUUAUUUUUAGACAUUAUUGGAUAGCAAGUAAGGGAUAGAGCAAACAUCUCUAAGAACAAUAAUUUUAUCACGCUCUUGAAGUUUGUUGUUGGUCAUACCUUAAAGGGAAAUGCAGUGCAAAGUAUCCCCACUGAAGCAGCAAUGAAAGCACAUCUGUGCAGAUGAUGCCAGGUUGUAAACUGUAGGAUGGAGGAGUCAUGCCAGUGCACUGCAUCUCAAUAGAAUGAAUGUCUAGUCAGCCACAGUUUGAGAAAGACUUGUAGUGAGUGGCAUGAAGAACAACCUUUGUUGGUAACAUGAGAUGGAAGAAUGUGAAAGGCUUGUAGCUACUGUCACUGUAGAGUUUCACAUCUGAUAACUUGGUUUACAUAAGGUAAUCAGUUCCAGUGCCAUUGAAGGACAAAGCCCUGACCACUACAGCUCAGCUGAUCAGAGAUUGAGUAGCAGUUUGGGGCCUGAUGGAGCUGGUAAAGAAGAGUGGGCAUGGCCAUCUUGGUAUGGGAAGAUUGGGAGAAGCCAUUGCACUCUGCCAUAGUCCCUUGAUGGUGAUGUAAAUAAACAGCCUACAGGUGGAUGCUGGUCUCAACAAGCGAACACUUAGUGGUGCCCUUCAGUGCAGGUUUGUGGAAGUGUACAUUCACAUAAGAAAGCCAUUGUGGCCCUUUGCAGUAAGGCAGAUCAAAUGUCCCUCACCCAGCAAUGGGGAUUAAGCAAAUUUCAAUACUAGGAUACUAGUGAAAGCAUAAAGCAUCCCCAUGGCUGCCUUAAUUACACCCCCUUCCAGAUGUCUGUUGCCCUGACCACAAGUGAAUGUCCCAGGUGAGGGAAUGGGCCAUGUCCAGCUGGAGUGAAGGUGAUGACUGGUAAGCACAGGGACACAAAUCAUUUAGGAAAAAAAUCACUUACUGGAUUGUUACAGUAGGAGUCCAUAGAAGUGAACUAGUACUAUUGACUGCUUGAAAAGGGUGAGAAUUUUUAGUGUGUCUUCUUAAAGGUGCAUAUAGUUGGGCAUCUUAUAGUCCCUGUGAUUUCUUGCUUAUUAUUGCUCCUAUGAACUCUGUAAGAAUCCUGGUGGUAAAGCCCAUGAAUUUCAUCUUGUGCAGUCUUUAGUCAGGUGACUUAUACAUAUCCACAGCGAGUUAGAGAGAUUGUCAGAAACAUAAAGAACAUGGCAAAUGAUCUAAUCUGAUAUGAGAAAUUCAGAAAACACAACAUGUCUGUUUGUAUGGUUAAUUCAUGUUGUCUGACAUGGGCUUUAUCAAACUUCACAUGGUGGUUCUGUAAAGCAGAUUGCUCUUAAAUCUCUUAAAUGCCCAGGUUACCAGUCAUCUUGAAAGUCUUUGCAUUCUCCAACUUCAAAGGUCACAGAAAGUGGCUUUCAGCUAUUCUACUACUAUGUAAUGGCAUUCAGUGUAAAUGCUUUCAUUGAAUUGACUAACCGGAUGCAGUAGUAAAGAUAAGGAGGGGGGCUAGCCAAGAUGCACUUUCCUACCUGAUUUGAAUGGUAGGGGCAGUAGAGUUCCAUCACAGCCAAUCUACUGACAAAAUAAUUAUUAAAUAAACCAGUACAACAGGUGCUUUAAUUCAUGCUUUGGUUUAACAGAGACUUCACAUUAUCACUGCUGGCCCAAAUUUGAUAUUUUCAUGUGUGCAAUAUUAGAUGAAUAUAAAUUCACACUGUGCCUUUCCCACAAGAUCUCAGUACAGAACAUGAAGCCCAGAGCAGCACCUUAAAAAGAAGAGAUAUUGCUUGCAUGUAGUACUUAAAGACAGGGUAAAUUUCAGAGUACUUUCAUGCCAGAAAGAAAUUUAUGAUUUUUAUAGGCUUGCAAGAAGUACCACAGGGGAUGAACAGGUGUUCAUUUUGGUAAACUGCAUUCUUUCAAAGUCUUAGUGCAGACGUUCUAAAAGUAUUUAUAACAGCAGUGUGCGCGUGUGUGUGUGUGAGAACAUUGAGUCUUAGACAAUUAGCUGUCUACAGCUACUGUAGUGUGUGGAGAAUAAACCCAUCUUUUUGUGCAUCGAUUAGCAGCUCUAGUCCCAACAUGUAUUCAUCCAGAGUCUUGUCCGUUUUAUUCUAUGGAUGCUAAUUACACAUUAAAGGAAAGCUUUGGAUGCCAAAUUAUAUAUGUGCAAUGUAUAAAAUACUCCUCCUUAAUUUUUAAUUGCAUGUGGAGUGCUACUGAAAUUAAUUCCUUAAAAAUGCAAUUCACUACUAAAAAUGUGUUUGCAGGGAUCCAGAUUAUCAUUAUGUUUCAGGACUGUGUAUUAUGUGCCACUACAUCCCCAAUAAAUGUGACAGAACACAGUUAGUGCACUGAAUUCAUACACUGUUGUUCAUGGGACCAUAGGUGUCUCCUCCACGUGGUGUUUUAUUGUUGUCUUGCAGAGACACUAAAUCAGUAAUUAUGGUUCUAACUACAACUGGAGGUAGUUCCACCUACUUUUGUUGUGUAGCAUUCCACUUAUUUCUACAAACUGUAAAGCUCCUUCUUGUAAUAUUCUAUUGUGUUUGCAUACUGUGUUUACUAUAUAUAUAUUUAACUUAUGUUAACAUUUUGUUUUGUAUGUAAUGUACACCAUACAAAUUAAGAUUGAUUUGGAUUUAAAUGAAGGGUUCAUGGUUUCCACCAUGUAUUACAGCUUUAUUGAUUGAAGAGGUUAAAACCGACAAUCAGAACUGUGAAAGAGAUGAGAUUAUGUGAAGGAUUGCUUGCUAAUUGUACAGUCCAGUCCAGAUUAUUUUAUUUUUGUAUUUAUAUAUGAUUUUUUUAAGUUUACAGAACUGAUGGUUUCUAUUUAUAAGCACUUUUGCAAAAUGAUUUUUUAAACUGUUCUCAAUAUGAUUUUUUUAAGGUUUGUGUUUUGCACUUAUGUAUCUGAAUUGUUUGAAAUAAGCUUUGGCUCAUGCCUGACUGUUGUCUUAUCAGAACUACUAUACAAAUUCCAAAUAUAAUUUUGUAUUAUUUUAAACUGUCUAGUAUUUUAUUAUAAUGUGUGCAUUUGGUUUUUCUCAUUAAAUUCUGUGUUCCAGAUA